ACCAUGCAGCCCCAGGAGGACUUAAUUGGAUUUUAUGGUCCCAAGCUAGCUGCAGGCAGGGGAAUAGGGUGUGACUGGCAGCAGCACUGAAUCUUUGGGUGAUGGUGCCCUCACUGUGAGACGAGCAGUUGUUCUGCUAGCGGUCAUGGAGGAGAGAGGGGAAAUGGUUUGCCACCCCCCAUUUCCCUUGAAGGCUGCCAUACUUGCUGCUGAGAACUUUGGGUGGUCUGAAACCCCCCUGGCAGCAACUCCACCUCAGUAGGACUGAUGCUGUGUGCAGUAAUUAAGAAUGACCCAGCUUAUAUGUAGGAAGAGGUAAGAAGCAGACAUUGGGCAGAGGCGGAGGCAGGAAGAGCCUGUUCUGCUUCUGCAUACAGGAGAGGAGGACUCAUUUCCUGGCAUGAUGAGCAAUCACCACAGAGCACAGAGCUGGGACUGCUGCGCAGUUAUUAAUUGUCCAAAUCUUAGUAGCACCUAUAUAUGUGAGGUCAGUCUGUAUUAAUAGAGAUGCAUUUCUUGAGUUUUCUUCUUACCUUUGUCAUGGCAAUGACCCUGUCCAGUGCCCAGUGUUUUUAUGAACCCAUCCCAGACAAGCAAGUAUCCAACGAAAAAGGCUGCUUUAGGGAUGGAGAGAUGCAUGACUUUGGUGUCUACUGGUACACCAAGGAUUGUUUACGCUGUUAUUGCACCCGAGAAUUAGUGUCCUGUUGCAACAUAACUCUCACCCCUGUUGGCUAUGACCAAGAGAAAUGCGAGUCUGUUUUCGACGUGGAAUCCUGCAGUUACCAGAAGUUCCUGCUGUUCCUCUUCCUCGUCCUUCUCACCUUGGGGUCCCUGUGCACUGCCCAGUGUUACAUGAGACCCCCAAACAAAUACGGCUGUGUUGAAAACAGAAAGCUGUAUCACUUCGGUGUAGUGUGGAAGACCAAGGAUUGUUUCAGAUGUGAAUGUCAGCCGCGAGCAAUGAUCUGCUGCAGCCUCGUUUUCAGACCCACCAAAUACGACCGAGAGAACUGCAUCGCCAUGUUCCAUAAGAAGAGCUGUUCUAUGCGCGUGGUGUGGAAGAGCGAUCCUCAGGAACCCUGCAAUGUCUUUGCUGGAGUUGGUUAAGACUGCUUUGAAGUGGUCUUCUCAUUCAGCAGCUCUCUUGCAAGUUGAGCAGACCCAGCACCACUCCCUUAGAGGAAAGCAGUGAAUCAGUGUGGUUUCAGGAAUAAGCUUGUGUCCCCCUUUUCACACAUGCUCUGCUGUGACUUCUCUUGUUACGUACAGAUUUGUGACUGAGAUUUAAUCAAAGAUCAUUUAUGGUAACAUCAUCUCUGAUGAAAUCGGGGGUUAAAUAAAGACACAAGCAUCAAGCUC